AUGAAGGAUGAGCUUACUGCCCUUGAGAUGAAUAAUACCUGGACCUUGACUAAUUUGCCACCCGACAAGCAACUUGACGUCAACAAUGCGUUCUUGCAUGGAGAGCUUCAUGAGGAAGUCUACAUGCAUGUUCCUCCAGGGCUUACAGCUCAACCUGGGCAGUUCUCUGGUCCCAACAUUACAGCAUUAUUAAUUUAUGUUGAUGACAUUGUGCUCUCUGGGAAUGACUUGUCAGAAAUUACUCAUGUCACAUUCCUACUUGAUCAAGCGUUUAAAGUUAAAAACCUUGGAGAUCUUAAAUACUUUCUCGGCCUUGAGGUAGCCUGUUCUGCUGAUGGUAUUCACCUUUCUCAAAGGAAGUAUACUCAUGAUGUGUUAUCGGAUGUUGGCAUGCUGGCUUGUGCUCCUGUCUCAACCCCCACAGAUUACACAACUAAAUUAACUUCUGAAACUGGAACUGCUCUUGCUGACCCUUCACCAUAUAGAAGACUGAUUGGCAAACUCAUUUAUCUCACGUCAACACGUCCAAAUAUUGCCUUUGCGGUUCAGAACUUGAGUCAGUUUGUUUCUUCCCCUACUGACAUUCAUUUUAGAGCUGCUUUUCAUGUGCUUAGAUACUUGAAGCAAUCUUUAGGAGCUGGUAUAUUUCUCUCUUCUUCAAGUUCUUUACAGUUGAAAGGUUUCAGCGAUUCAGAUUGGGCAGGUUGUGUUGAAACACGUCGUUCAGUUACUGGUUUUUCAGUUUAUCUUGGUGAUUCAUUAAUUUCUUGGAAAUCUAAGAAACAGGCCAUUGUUUCUCGAAGCUCUUCAGAAGCUGAGUAUCGGGCACUUGCUUCAACCACAUGUGAGAUACAAUGGCUUACAUUCCUUCUUGAAGAUUUUCGGGUUCCAUAUGAAAAACCUGCUCUGCUUUUCUGUGAUAAUGAUUCGGCUAUUCAAAUCGCUUCUAAUCAAGUUUUUCAUGAAAGAACGAAGCAUAUUGAGAUAGACUGCCAUGUUGUUCGGGAGAAAGUUAACCGUGGUGUUCUUAAGCUUCUUCCCAUACAUUCCUCAAUGCAGCUUGCAGAUAUACUGACAAAAGCCCUUCACCCCCAUGUUUUUAGAGAAUCUUAUGGCAAGCUGGGAAUGUGCAAUAUCCAUUCCCAGCUUGAGGGGGGCUCUCAACUUGAUCAUCAGCCCAAAAAUGUUUCAGCCCAAGAGUCCCAGCCCAAAGCUCCUUGA